GCAAACGACAGUUCUAGUGGCACGUGACAGUGUUCUGUGACGUGAGAUGUGUCGUGACUUGCGAUAAAAUUGAAAAUGUAAUAGAAACUUCAGUACUUACAAGCUAAUAUCAACCCUUGAGACGCAGAGGCUCUACAUAAGCUUUUUAUUUGUCGAUCGCGGAAUGUGUGCAGGAUUUAAGCGUUGUUAAAUCAUUGAAGUUGUAAACUGACGUUUUAGUUAAUAAUCAGUAUAAUUAAAGGUUCUGUUUGGCUGCUAAGAUAGCAGGUUACUUCAAUUCGGUUACAAGGAUAACAGUAUUCAAAAUAAACAACGUUAAUGCUUUUAUGAAUAAAAUUGUACCAUAGUUUAUUCAAGCUUUUGCGUAUGUCAAGAACUGGUACGUUUUAAAACAAGGAAAUACGCUUUCCAUCUGCAGCAUUAGCUAGUACUGGUUUGUAAAUAUCGGUUCAGAAAGAAGAUUUUCUAAUGUGAAAAUGUUCAAUUAAUCGUCUCUCGUACAGGAAACCAAUUGUGUGUUUACUGCUAUAAAACGUAUAUUUUUCCACAAGUUGUUUCUAGUAACCAAAAUCUGGGUACUAAGGUUCUUUGUGUUUGCUACUAAUAGAGAAGGUUGUCUGCACAUAUUCGGUAAAUUUUCCAACCAGUGGUCAUUUGUUUUAUAUGUUUAUGGUCAGUUUAUUAUUCGCAUAGCCAAGUGAUAGAACAACAACAAAAAUCCGUGAAUUACUUUUGUUACAACUACGACAAUCAAGAGAAACACUACUAAAAUUAUCUUUGAAAUCCGAGAAUUUCAAAGUUGUUGGUUUUUUGUUUUGUUUUUUAAUAGAGAAUUUUCAAAUAUUCACGAAACAAGAAGAUCUGCUAAUAUUCAGCUCUCAGUUUGUUCCUAGUCGAGAAAUUCGGUGUAAAAAGGAGGUGUGCAAGAUCUUGGCGUGAAAAGUUGGUCAGUUAAUAAUAAUUCUUGUUUACUGCAACAACUGUGAGAUGAAUUAUUGGUGUACUUUAUUCGUUGCUAGGAGCAUUAAUAAUUGGAUGUGGAUUUUCACAAUAUCGUUUUUGUGGGUGUGUGGCUGGCAUGUACAGAAAGGUGUUUCAAACAGUAUGCCACGUGAAACGAGGCUACUCAGACGGCCAUAUCAUUCUACUCAAACCACCAACUCAGUAAAUGACCACUCUAAGACAGAAGAAGACUAUCCACGUGGGAAUUUUUUCAAAGAAGCACAACCCCAACUUUCAAAACUGGCCGAGUCAGAACUGUUGACUUCAUACAAACAGUUUUACCAGCACUUCUUUGAUAAAAAGGGAAUGAGUCAUCUAAAGAAAAAUUAUGAAUCCAAUAGUUUCCGACGUGUUACUAUUGAUCACAGUGCUCAACAAAAUGUAGAAGACAUCCGGCAGGCUAACGAACACUUUCUCCACAUCAGGCAGAAAGCACUUUGCCUAACACCUCGCCCCCUCGUGGUGGAUACUAAGGACUACUAUCCGGACCCCACUAAGAAGUACCUUCCAAGGUGUACUAUUCUACACAGGUGUACGGAAGACAGUGGGUGCUGUGGUGAUGAUCGAAUGAAGUGUGGCCCGAGAAAAGUCCAAGAAGUUACCCUAUAUUUUUAUACUCUUCGCGUCGGAAAGCAAGGCACAUAUGUAGAAUUAGACAAAGCUGUGGACAAACUGCUGUUUAUAAACCACACGGAAUGUGAAUGUCAAUAUAUCAAUAAGCAGACCUAUUUACAAGACGAUCCAGAAUCAGAUGCAAUUUUGAAUCAGAAUCUCGAAACAACCACUGAUCCUCAACACUAUUCAGUAUUAGAUAAUCCUUUACGCCAUCCACCAAACCAAGUGGAUUCCAAGUGUCGCGAAUGCCCUAUGCCAUUUUUCAGAAGAGAAUAUUUUGAUGGUAAAUGUAGCUGUGAUUGUUUCGAUCAUCAGAAACCUUGUAUUCGAAUAAAACGAGGUCGAAAUUCACUGUCUAAUACUGAGAAAAGGUGUGUUCGAACUGGUCAGUGUCAGGUCCCUGAGUGUGAGUAUGGUCACUACAACUUUACAAGAGGAAAAUGCCCUGGACGACCUUGGAAUUAUAGGAAAAGAAAUGAUGGCCGUAAAGAGAAGAGCAAAAAACAUCAUCCAUAUCAUAGAUGGUCAUUUUACGAGCGUGAUUAAUUUAGUAAAAUUCAAAUGUGCUUCGGUAAAAGCAAUGAAUAAAAGCUUCUAUUAUACGAAAUAGGAUAUAUAGAUGAAGUUUAUCUUUUAAAUCGAUGGACGCUGAAAAAUACAUUAAUUGAUAACCCAGCUGACGACUUUCACAAAGAGAGGACGCAUUUUCGCUCACUAAGGAUAAUAAAGAAUGUCAAGGGAAGGAUGAUUUUAAUGAAAUUCAGAUAUUCUUACCAAACAAAAAAAAUUACCUUUUUUUCUUAAUUUGCGUCUUUAUGUAUAUGCGUGCAUGGUUAUUGAUUAACUUCAUAAUAAUCUGACUGAAAGCUCAGUUUAUCCUGCAAUAUAUUAGCUCUUCAUAUCAACAAGUUCCUCUUCUUCUCUCCUGAAAAGAAUAUAUUUGUUUAUAUUAUACGUUUUUGCUUGACAAUUGUGACGAUCUCUAAUAAAUGAACAAUUAUUCUGUA